CUCCUACAUUUCAUUCUUGAUUCUCUCUGGACAAUCAAACAAACUCUCAUCACAAACGAUAAAUUCUUUAUGGCCACUAACUAUUUCAAGUCCAUCCACCACCAUCACCACCGUUCUCUACGGCGGCGCCACUCCAUAGACUGCCCAAGAAGCAAUUUCUCCUCCACCUCCUCCUCCUUUCUCAAACCAACAACUACAAAAACCAGCAACACCCUAUCUCUUUCCCAGUCAAUCUUCGCCACUUUUUCCCUAUCAUCCACCACUUCCACCUCCUCCACCACUCCUUCCACCUCACAAACCAUCUCUUUUGACCUCCUUCAACAACAUUUGUCCUUGAAAGACUUCCGGCAAGCCGACGAAGAAACCCGCCGUCUCCUCAUCGUUCUAGCUGGUGAAGCAGCCCAGAAGCGUGGCUAUGUUUUCUUCUCUGAAGUCCAGUUCAUCUCUGAGGAUGAUCUCAGGACCAUUGAUGAACUGUGGAGAAAAUACAGCAAUGACAAGUAUGGCUACAGCGUGCAGAAAAAGAUAUGGAAUAAAGUGAGCAGAGACUUCACCAAAUUCUUCCUCAAAGUUGGUUGGAUGAAGAAGCUUGAUACGGAGGUUGAGCAGUAUAAUUACAGGUCUUUUCCUAGUGAAUUUACGUGGGAAAUGAAUGAUGAAACUCCUGAGGGACAUCUCCCAUUGACUAAUGCACUCAGAGGAACUCAGUUGCUGAAUCGCAUAUUGAGCCAUCCUGCUUUUGAAGGAGAUGAAGAAGACGAAGAAGAAGAAGAAGAAAAACCAUUGACUCAAGAAAAAGGAGCAGAAAAUGGAGGCCUGAGGAGUAGUAGUGCUAAACCACCAUUGAGCAAAGGAAUUUUCAAGCCAGAUUACAGCUUUUAGAUUUUUGUCAAGUUGUGCCAAGAAAGAAAAAUUGAAUCAACAUACUGACAAAUUUGUGAAUUUAUAUAUUAAUAUCAUAUUACAUAGAUGCAUUGAAAACAUCGAUUGACUGGGAUUGUUGUUUUUCUUAGUGUUCAUUUUCUUUGGAAUGACCCGUUUUUGUAUAAUUUUAUGCUCAGGAACCUAAUGGGGGCAAUCAACCAGUAUAGGUUGAUCGGAAAUCUAAAUUCAAAUA